AUGGCUACUACCAAUAAUAAAACUCCAUCACAUGCAUCAAAUGUUUAUUUAUUCAAAAAUGGUUAUGGAAUGAUUGUUAAAACAUUUGAAUUUCCUUCAAGUAAAAGUCAUGAUAACAAACCUGUAGAACUUCUGGAUCCACCAUCAAAUCCUGUACAUGGAACAUUUUGGAUACAAUCAUUAUCAGAUAAAACUUCAAUUGGUUCUAUUCGUACAAAAAAAACACGUAAAUUUGUUGAUAAAGAAUGUUGGACUGUAGAAGAUUUACUUGAAGCUAAUGUCGGACAAGAUAUUCAAUUACUUGUUACAGGCAAUACAUUUAACAGUACGGCAGAAUGGAUAUCUGGCAAAAUUAAAUCUGUAAAACGCAUGCAACAGGUAUCCGAUGAUGACGAUACAAACGAUGACAAUAUGGAAGGAACAAAUACUGGAGUCAGUCCAAAUUUUCGUGAGUAA